CAAAAUGAUAAAGAAUGUCAACUGUCAUGACCUUACCCUGUGUCAUUUUUAAUCAAUGGGUUUUGUUUUGCCGAUUUUCCUGUAAUAAUAAAAGAAAAGAGUCGUAUGUUCAUAAGUGUCCUACGCAAUUACAAAAAUGGAUUUCGAAAGUCCAGAUGUAGAGAAAGAUUUUCCGGGCCUUUAUGCGUCUGAAAGCGGCAGGAAAAGCAACGAAAGUGAUUUCAGUGAUGGUGCAGAUCAUGAAAAACCAAGUAAAAAGGAUCUACUUGGUCGGCGAAAAGAUAAAAAGGAGAAGAAAGAUAGGGGGUAUGCUGCGCUAGAGGGAGAGAGUUCACCUGAGGAGGAUACAGACACGAAAAGUCCUUCAAAAUCAAAGAAGACAAAGUCAUUCAAAUUCCCUACAAAAAGCAAAGAGAAACGGGAGAAAUCUCGUGACAAGGAAAAGGUAUUGGAAGAUGCUAUAAAACAGAAAGAGAAAGAAGAAAAGGAGAAAAAGAAGGAAAAGGAAAGGGAGAAGGAGAGAGAAAGAGAAAAGAAGGAGAAAGAAAAGCGUGAGAAGUUAAGAGAGAAGGAUAAGGAAAAGGAGGAAAAAGCGAAAUUUAAACUAGAAUCUAAGGAGAAGUUGAAGGAUGAGAAAAAAGAAAAGACUAAAGAUAAGGACAAAGAAAAAGUAAAAGAUAAGGAAAAAGAAAAAGUGAAGGAGAAGGACAAAGAUAAGAAAGAUAAGAAGUUGACGAAAGUUCCUUCUACAUUCACCUGUGGGAUACCUUUUGAAGAGAUAUUUACUUUGGGAGUCGCGUUGCCAAUAUUUGGAGUACCGCUGGCGCAGUCUGUGGAACGCUCACGAUGCCACGACGAUACCGGACUACCCCUCGUUGUGAGAGACAGCAUCGAUUACUUACAGGCACAUGGAUUAAAAUCGAACCUGAUUUACCGUCAAGAGCCCGACAAGAUAAAACUGCAGCAGUUAAAGAAAUUAUUCACGGACCGAGGACCGACCUUUCCUUAUCACUGGGAUGUUCCCGUCGCCUGCGCUAUGCUUAAAGGAUUUAUCAGCGAACUCCCGGACUCUAUUCUGACACAAGAGUUGCACGGCCAGUUCGAGCAAGCGACGGCGAUAGCCGAGCCGCAGCGUGAAGCCACCAUGCUAGCUCUCAUAGCCAAGCUGCCCCCGCCCAACUACAGUCUGCUGGGCUGGCUGAUGAGGCACUUUGAAUGCGUUGUGGCCAAUGAACAGUCGAAUCACGCAAAUAUUCAAACCAUAGCGACAGCCAUGAGCCCCGCGCUGAACAUGUCCCUGAAUCUGCUCACGUACUUCAUAUCUAAGGCAGAGAAACUUUUCCCCGAUGUAGAGUUAACGAAAUACGUGCCCCCGCUGGCGUCCAUCCCGGCGGACUUCCCGGAGCAGGCGGGCGCGCUGGCCCGCGAGCUGCGCAAGCAGGAGUCGCUGCUGAGCCAGAUCCACGCCGAGAUGCACGCCGGGUUCAUCACGCCCGCGCGCGACCAGCAGCUCUGGGAGGCGCAGAGGAUCGUCACGCAACUCAAGAGGAAACUGCGCGCUGUACAGAAAUCGGUGGAACCGUCGAACUCUCUGCAGCCACAGCAUCAGUCUUUAGACGAGAAGCCGGACCACAAACACGAUGAGGAACCAGUACGAAGGUAUUCACAACCAGCAGAAACACAGCAAACACCACAAGAAACAUCUGAAAUUAAAACUCCAAGCGAACCCAUCCCAGAACCAAAGGAGUCCCCAACUAUAGAUCCCACUUUCGAGGCCGAAUUCGAAGACAAUUUCGACUUUAACCUAGAAACAAAAGAAACUCCCGAACAAGAAAUCCCACCAGCAGAACCCGUCAAAGAGAAACCAAAGUUAACAGAAAAAGAACUCAAAGUACUAAGACUAGAACUCGAAAACGCUGAAUACCUUCAACUCAAGUCCUUACUGCAAGCAAAAAUCAACUCUGAACAGUUCGAAAUAGUCAAACUUAGGAGUCAUGUUGCCUUGAAGAAUAAGCAGGAAGGGUGCUCACAGAAUACUAAAGACAGCAAAGAAAAUAAUACGCAGGAGGAACAGGAGCUCAGACAAAGACUGAUCAAAGAAAACGCGUUGUUGGAACAAAAACGAGUGAACUUAAUCAACCAGAUAUUCCAAGAAAGAGUAGCUUGUAUUCAACUUAAAAUAGAACUAGCUAUGAAGGAAAUACUAUCGAAAUCUUAACUUCAUACAUCUCGUUAACUAAUAUUAGUCUCAAAUAUAAAUAAGUUAUUUAUGACGUUCGAAUGUUGCAUGUUAAUAUAUUAUUUAGCAAGUAAAAUGUAUGUAAUCGAAUGCUUACUGGACUUUAUGUAAUUGACACAUUCAUGCUAUCUAAUCUCACGAAAUCGCAUUGUUAAGACUGCAGUAAUAUCUCUAUAUUACAUAUGUUAUAAAUAUAGUUAUAUGCUAAAAGAUUAUAGAAAUAAAUUAUGAUAAUUGAAAA